AUGAAGGAUCGAUGGGGCCGUGGUCAAGGUGAAGGAGUUGAAGGAGCGUCCGACGGAUAUCAUGAUGAGUGUGGAAAAACUUACUGCGAGAUGAAUGUAUUAUCAAAUCGGUGCCUUCGGCAAUUAUUCCUGUGCAGGAAAGGAUCAGUGCCAUUCACUCCAAAGCUUACUUCUGUCAAAGCACAAAGAGCAUUGUCCGGAGCAACUCUGGUUGAAGUUUCACCGAAAAGUAUACAGCCUUACUUGAGGCUGAUGCGUAUCGAUAAACCCACUGGUUUUUGGUUACUGUAUUGGCCGUGUACAUGGUCAAUAGCGCUAGCUGCAGCGCCAGGUUCAUUGCCCGAUCUGAAAAUGCUUGCAUUGUUUGGUGCUGGAUCGAUUCUAAUGCGUUCUGCCGGUUGUAUCAUGAACGAUAUUUUCGAUAAAGAUUACGACAGAAUGGUUGAACGGACACAAUCAAGACCACUUGCAAGUGGAGAACUUAAUAACCUACAAGCUGUUGCUCUUCUUGCACUGUUGCUGUCUGGAUCACUUUCGAUACUUCUGCAGUUCACCUGGUUCAGUGUUGCUGUGGGUGCUAGCUCAUUACCUUUAGUUGUCGUAUAUCCAUUCGCAAAGCGCUAUACGUAUUGGCCACAGUUCGUUCUUGGGCUUACCUCUAACUGGGGAGUAUUCAUUGCGUGGUGUCACCUGUGUCCGAGCACACUACUUACCGUCAUCCCUUUAUAUACUGCUACCGUAUUUUACACUGCCACAUAUGAUACCAUAUAUAGUCACCAGGACUUAAUUAGGACUACUGAGUUUUGCAUCAGCCAUUCUUUGUACUGUAGUCUGCUUGAUCAAACAAUGAGGGUAAAAAAUCGUAAUGGAGUAAUAAUCCAAGGAUUAUACAAUACUACUGAUUCCACAGGCUUGGCAUUCAACUGGGGAGUAUUGCUGGGUUGGGCCGUUAUACGCGACGAAUUGUGCAUAGCGCUGCCUUUACUGUAUAUGGCUUCGGUGAACUGGACUCUGAUUUACGACACAAUAUAUGCUCAUCAGGACAAAACAGAUGAUCUGAUUGCUGGAAUUAAAUCUACGGCCCUGCUUUUCGGUGAUAAGACAAAAUACUGGUUGACUGGCUUCGCAGUUCUUACCAUACUAGGUUUUGGGACGACAGGUGUUAUGGUGCAGCAGACGUGGCCUUUUUACGGAACCUUAGCCGCUACUGGAAUACAUCUUGCAUGGCAAAUUGGUGCUGUGGAUAUUAAUGACCCAAAGGACUGCUGGAAGAAAUUUAAAACUAAUCAGUGGCUUGGUGCCAUCUUAUUUACUGGUAUUGUCGCUGGGAAUUUAUUACGGAAAGAAGAAAAAGGAGAGGCGAAUUGCUGCCGCUGA